UUCAAUGUAAAAACUUAAUUCAGUUUCUUACCAGAUCCAGUUUUGUUGGUGUUUCUCCCAAAGACAAACUCCGCUGUGAUCGGCGCCAUGUUGUUUUGUCACAUGACUCCGUGUGUCAAAAGUUUAACCCUUUAUUGAAAGCCCACAGUGUUAUGAACUGAGAUCAGUAGGUUUAAAUGAAGCCUUGUGUAUAGGAAAGCCAAAGUACAACGUCCACUAUGUGGACGCGGGGGUCGCACGAGGAUAAUGAUGAUCACCGCAAAAAUGUAUUUCGAUUCGUCCCUUCUUUAGAAAUUAUGCACAAAUGUGUGUUCGAGUGAGACACUUACAAUGGAAGUCAAUGGGGUCCAUUUUUGGAGGGUUUAACGACAGAAAUGUGAAUCUUAUCAUUGUAUAAAAGCACUUGUAUUACUUCUGUUCAAAUGUGUGUAUUACUCUAGCUGUAAUGUUGUUUUAGGGUCUGAAUCAAGCCACGUACAAAACUUGGUUUCUCCAGCAUAUAUAUAUUACACUUGUAUGCCAUUCAAAUUCUUGCUAAUAACAACAAAAAUGCAUUCGCCAAUGUCGAGUCCUUCUCCAAUGUAUCUGGAGAGGGUUUAGCAUAGUCGUAGUCUAUUUGCCUCCAUUACUAAUAAAAUAUUUUCUUUAAAAAUUAAAGAAUGCAGCCCUCAAGGCUAUAAGUAUCCUGCUUUUUGUCCCAUGAACUUUCUGAAGUUGAUUAGCCCUGCUCUAGGGUGUCAUUUAAGGGUUAAACUGCCGACAAACGGAACUAUUUGACAACAACAUGGCGUCGAUUUCAAGGAGUUUCUACGGGAGCGGACCAAACAAAAGGGCGUCAAAUACAGGUUCACAUCAUGGGGUGUCCGAAGCGGAAAGGUUGCUGUACUCAAUGGUUGAAGACAACUCUGACAUGGACGAAAUGUCAGACGGUGAGGAAAUUGACCCAGAGCAAUGGAAUGAUGGGCAAAUCAAUGAUUACCCUCCACUGGAUCACGACAGCUGCGACGAUAGUGAAAAUGAUGACGGUGACGAAACACCCAGUGGACUUGGGGAACAUUGGGUGUGCACUGGCUUCAGUCCAGAAUUGGCGCCGUUCCAGGCUGAAGAUAAGACUUUCAGUGAUCGACUCGGUUGGCGGCCCGUGGACUAUGUUAAUCAGUACAUCGAUUCAGAAUUGAUGGAGCUCAUUACUGACUGUUCAAACGCAACAGCGCUGGCUACCACUGGCACGCCACUCAACGCUACCGUUACCGAGAUGUACCAUUUAUUUGGAGCGUCUAUUUUGAUGUCAUGUGUGCAGUAUCCAGAAAUGAGAAUGUUCUGGUCCAACGCUCUACGAAUCCCUGCCAUUAGCGACCGCAUUACUCGUGGCAGGUUUUUCAAACUGAGAAGCAGCCUGAAAGUGGUUAUCGACAUUGACGUUCCCGAACAGACGAAGAGUGCCGAUCGAUUCUGGAAGGUGAGGCCGUUUCUGGAUCGCGUCCGCAGAGGUUGCAUGCUUCAAUUUCGACCAGAAUGCGUGUCCAUCGAUGAACAGAUGGUCUCGUUCACCGGCGCCUGUCCAUUUCGCCAGUAUAUGCCAAGUAAGCCCAAUCCUGUCGGCAUGAAAAAUUUCGUGUUGGCUUCAGCUAGCGGGAUUGUGCUGGACUUUCUUGUAUAUCAAGGCGCAGAGGCUCUGUGUUCACAAGAUUCGGCAGGUAAAAACCUGGGUCUCGGGGGCAUGGUUGUAGCACAUCUGGCAGAAUCACUGCAUCCUGGUUCCAAGAUCUACUGCGACCGCUUCUUCACAAACAUGAACAUUGUGGAUCACAUGAUUAAGAAGCAGGUGUACGUGACUGGCACUGUCAUGCAGAACCGGGUAGCUCAGGCACUGAAGAGACUUCCGGGUGACAUGACCAUGGAAUUGCAGAAAAGAGGAGCCACUGCAUCCGUUGUCAGGAGAGACGGGAAGGUGUGUGUGCUGAAGUGGUAUGAUGACAAACCAUAUUUGAUGGUCUCCACUGUUCAUGGUGAACAGCCGUAUGACACCUAUCAACGGUGGUCAAAGCAGAAUAAGGAAUUUGUGAAUGUCAAGCAACCAAGUGUUGUCCGUGAGUACAAGGCAAAGAUGGCAGGAUUUGACUUGACGGAACGGAUGAUAUCGUCCUAUUGUCUGAGCAGCCGAACCAAGAGGUGGACAAUACGGAUGCUCAUGCACUUCACUGAUCUGGCUUUAGUCAACAGCUGGUUACUGUAUCAACAAGACAACCUGGAAAACAGCACAAUGGAGUUCCUCGAAUUUCGCACGAUAGUGGCUCAAACGUAUCUAGCUAUGGCCGACAGCCUUGGCGUACGAUGUUCAUAUGAGGAGGAAGGUUUUAAUGCUCAUCCUGCCAAAAGAUGUCGGUUCACUGCCGUCCCACACAUUUCAGUCCGGACAACUUCUGCUCGACACCUACCUGAGAUGGUUGACUUGAAAAAUGCAAUGCGCUGCAGAAGAAAGCACUGCAACAGGAAAAGUCGCGUGCGUUGCGUGGAAUGUAACGUGUUCCUGUGCUUAAGGGCAGAACGCAACUGUUUUGCUGCUUUCCACAGCAGCGACCUCGAGUAGUGUGCACUUGUUUGCACUGCAAGGUUCUCGAUGUUGAUUGUGACUGAAGACUUGUGUACUGACUAUGUGUUUUUGGUUUGGUUUUGACUUAGUUCAGUUUGUUAAUAAUACAGUAACAGUGCGGGGAAGAUUACUCAUGGAUUGUAAUCUGGUGCUGAUUAAUAUAGUGGCACAGGGGUGCACAACAAAAUUUGAACAGCAAUUAAAAGUUGAAAACAGUACAUUAAUGAACCACAACA